CUUAACCCGCUUGGCCUAAGCCAAGCUAAGGGGACAAUGGCAAAACAGCUAUUUCAAUAUACCAAGCUCCCAGGCAAAAGCAGUUCAUUCAAUACACAUGAAGAAAUGCAAGUUCCCACUGCACCAAAAUUCAAUUUUAAUUACCGAGGAUCUCAAAAUACUGAGCCAUCAUUUACUUUACCACUUUCUCAAAUUGUGUCAUCACAGACUGAGGAGGGGGGCAUAAAAAUAAACAGAAAACAGGAAUGCUCUCAUCAUUCACCCAAUAAAAGCAGGCAAUAUAAUUAUAAUAUGAAUAAUAGAGGAUCUCAAUUAACAGAAUCAUCAUUUAAUAUACCACUUUCGCAAAUCACAAAGUCAAAUAAUGAGAAAGAGGAUUUCAAGGCAUACAGAAAACAAGAAAGCAUGCACUCUUUAAACCCAAACAGGCAAAUACAAAUUCCGGCUGCACCAAUAUUCAAUUUCAAUAGCAUGGGAUCUCAAAUUACUGAAUCAUCAUUUAGAAUAACACCUUCAAACACAGAGGAAGGGGAUUUCAAAGUAUACAGGAAACAAGAGAGCAAACACUCAUCAUCAAUUCCAAAUAGACAUUUGCAAAUCCCAGCUGCACCCAAAUUCAAUUUAAACAGCAGAGGAAAUCAAAUUAUGGAAUCCUCAUUUGCCUUACCACUCUCUCAAAUUGUGCAAUCACAGACUGAGGAAAAGGGUGUUAAAGGAAGCAGAAAACCAGAAUCCCUAAAAAGAAAGUUUCAAUCUCCCACAAUGAAUGACAGAGGCACUAAGUUGACAGAAUCAUCCCUUGCUUGUCCACCAUCUCAGUAUAUACCAUCACAAGUAGAUAAAAUCAUCAAACAGACUAAAAAUUCAGUUAUUCCAAGUGCUGGAGGAAUUGAAUUGCGGUCCAUCAGAGAUACAGAUUUACCCAAAAAAUUUCAAAAUAUUUUCAGCUUUCCGUAUUUCAAUGUAUUGCAAUCCCUUUUAUUUGAUGAGGUGUUUUACACAGAUAAGUCCAUCAUUGCAUCAGCUCCUACAGGCUCUGGGAAAACUGUUCUGUUUGAAUUAGCUUUGAUUCGUUUGAUAAUGAAGACAGAUAACCUCACUACAUGUGGGAAGAUCAUAUACAUGGCUCCAAUGAAAGCACUCUGCACAGAAAGGUUUCAAGAUUGGUCUGUAAAGUUUGGUUCUCAUGGCUUCCCUUGCUUAGAGGUUACUGGUGACACAGAGCUAGACGAUGUUGGAGAGUUUGUAAAUGCUAAAAUCAUUUGCACUACACCGGAAAAAUGGGAUAGCAUGUCAAGAAGAUGGAAAGACAAUAGAGAUCUUUUUCAACAGAUUAAGCUAUUUUUAAUUGAUGAGAUUCACACUGUGAAUGAUUCAUGUAGAGGAGCAACAGUAGAAGCAGUAGUGAGUAGAAUGAAGACGCUACAGAACACGCAACUUGCAGAGACCAGGCACAUCAGGUUCAUUGCUGUCUCAGCCACAAUGCCCAAUUAUGGUGAUAUUGCAGAUUGGUUAGGCACCACUAAAAAUUCAGCCUCAGCAUUCAAUUUAGGAGAAGAAUAUCGACCAGUAAAGCUUGAAAGAAUAGUUCUGGGAUAUCCAUUUAAGGAAGGCACAUCAGAUUUUCGCUUUGACAUGAACCUGUCUUACAGAUUACGAGCUAUAAUUGAAACACAUUCUCAUGGAAAACCAACAUUAGUGUUCUGCUCUUCACGUAAAAGUGUGAUCCAGUCUGCUGAAGUUCUAGCCAGAGAUAUAAGACCAAAUAGCUUGAUGAUGCAUUUUGUUCCUGAAGUUUUGAGGCAGGCUGCAGGUCAAGUUAGUGAACACAAACUUUCAGAAUUACUCAGGAAAGGAGUUGGGAUUCAUCAUGCAGGGUUAGAUAGCAGGGACAGACAUAUUGUGGAAGAGCUGUUUAAAUCCUCACAGCUACCAGUUCUUGUCUCCACCAGUACUUUGGCAAUGGGUGUAAACCUGCCUGCUCAUUUAGUUGUGAUCAAAUCCACUCACUUUUACAACAUGGGUGUUGUCCAGGAGUAUUCGGAUAUGCAAAUUCUUCAAAUGAUUGGGCGUGCUGGAAGACCACAGUUUGAUACCUUUGCUACUGCAGUAAUCAUGACUAAAACUUCUUUCAAGUCUAGAUAUGAAUCCCUUUUAAAUGGCACACAGUUGAUUGAAAGCAGCUUACACAAACACCUGAUUGAACACCUGAAUGCUGAGAUUGUGCUGCAAACUAUAAGUGAAAUAGGGCUUGUGCUGGAGUGGAUCAAACAUACUUUUCUUUAUGUCAGGGCACUUAAAAAUCCUAAAUACUAUGGUUUUCCUGCUAAUUUGGAUCAGAAUGAUGUUGAAAAACAGCUGAAAGAUCUCUGCCUGAAGAAUCUAAGGCAAUUGUCAGAACUGAAUCUGGUAUCUGUUAAUACAGAAACACGCACUAUUCUCCCAACAACCACUGGAAGAUUAAUGGCUAGAUACUGCAUAGCCUAUGAAACAAUGAAACAUUUCCAUCACAUUGGCAAAAAUCAAGGAAACAUUGCAGACAUGCUGAUAGAAAUUUCCAAGUGUGCUGAGUUUGAAGAUAUCCAGCUCAGAACCAAUGAGAAACGGAUUUUAAAUACUUUAAACAGAGAUAAGAACAAAGAGUCAAUAAGGUUCCCUAUGUCAGGAAAAAUCAAGACUAAACAGAUGAAAGUGAAUUGCUUGAUCCAAGCACAACUGAGCUGUCUACCUAUACAAGAUUUCUCAUUGUCACAGGAUUUGGCCAAAAUUUUUCGAGUUGGCCAGCGAGUAACUAAAUGUUUUAUGGAAUUCAUGCUACUGGAAACAAAUUACCUCGGCCUGUUGCAUGCAGUACUAAUAUACAAAUCAGUCAAGGCAAAAAUAUGGUUCGAUUCCAGAUAUGUUGCAAGACAAUUAGAUGGGAUAGGUCCGACGAUGUCAUUGGCACUAGCCAAUUCUGGGCUGUCAUCAUUUCAGAAGAUAGAGCAAGCUAAUGCUAGAGACAUUGAAAUGAUUGUCAACAGGCAUCCCCCAUUUGGUAACCAAAUAAAGGAAGCUGUUGCUCUAUUGCCACGGUAUGAACUCUCAGUCGAACAGCUGACAGGUUAUAAGCCAGACAGGGCUGUGUUGCAGUUAACCGUUGACCUGUCCAACCGCUCAACACUUGAAGAGAAAGCUAAUGUUAACAGUCACCAGUCUUUGCUAAUCAUUGGAGACGCAGGAAACAAUCUGAUUUUUCAGUGGCGGAUUGUAGAUUCUACAAUUUUGAAAGGGGAAGCUAUCAGGCGUACCAUUGAAAUAAAAAGGUCAACAAAUGGAUCAAAACUUAACAUUAGUUUGCUAAGUCUUGAUUGGGUGGGUCUAGACAUUCAAACAGAUUAUGAACCUGUCUACACUGAAGGAUGGUUUAGCAAGAUAAACAAUGUCACAGACAAAAAGCCUUCAUCAACCCCAGCUUCGAAACUAUCUGCUCUUAUGGAAAAAGCCAAAGCAGGAUCCAAUCCCCAGACAUUGGCUAAAUGUCAACACAAGUGUUUGGAUAAAUCUCGUUGUGGCCACAAGUGUUGCAAAACUAACCCGGCUAAACGACCUAAUCCAAUGCCAUCCAAAGUGUCCACCCCGAAAAUACAGAAGGCUGAAAACCGUGAGAGCAAGUUCCUGAGUGAGCUACGUAAUAUGAAAACUGGGGGAUAUGUGACUACAAAUUCGCGCAUAAGCAUUCCAAGAAACCCCAGACUCACGCCAUUAGCAGAACAUGAGAAAAAUCAAAACAGUUGCUCAAACUCAAUUUGGGCAAGAGAAAAAGAGAUCAGCCAUCUUAAAAACCAACAUUCUUUCGAUGCUGCUGCAUUUAGUAAGGGAGAUAAUUUAGUCCAGAAUGAUAUAAACACUGAGGACUUGACCUGGUCAGAUGAUGAUCUAGCACUAAGUGAUGACGAUUUGCCUGACAUUGUUGUCACAGGGACCACAUUAAAUAAAGACACAGACAAUCAAGCUGAUGACAGUUUUGAUGAGGCCUUAGUCAAUGAGAACAUUGAACCACAACAUACAACAGAAGAGAACCUUCCUCGGCCAUCAAUGACAUCAAGCAAGCAAAAGCAAGACCAAAACCAUUUAAACCAAAUGAAAAAUGCAAACAAUUUAGAUAUCAGCCUUAAUCCCUGGGCUGAUUUAGAUGUAUUUCAGCAGAGCAGGCAAGAUCUUUACAAAAAUGGCAGACCUUUGCAUCUCCAGAAUGAAACAUGUGACAGUCUUGAACUCAGUCAAUCAACAGGGCAAGACAACUCUGAACAAUGGUUUGAUCAAGAGUUACCUGAAUCUUCUAUUAUGUACACAGUUUCCCCCACAGAAUGCUUAGAUUCUGGUUGGCCUGGUACAACUUCUAGCGAUGAAGACUUGUGUAAAAUUGUGGAAGCUUCAGUGUCACCUUAUACUGUUGGUCACCAGUCACAAGAGUCAAUGCCCAACAGAUGUCUCGUAUCUGAUACUAAAAAUAUUGAUCCAGCCGAAAGAGUACAAUUUAAAUUGAACUUACCUUAUGUCAAAACUCCAACAAGACUAGACAGUAGCGCACAUCCUGACAAUACAAGAUAUAGUUCUGAUAGUGUUUCAAACUAUCAGCAGUCAAACCUUGAAAUAGACAAGUCAUUUACACAGAGAUGUAAACAGAUGAACAUGUUUGCACCAAACACUAUAUCUUCCAAGUUCAACCAUGAACAUAUCGACCAGCAGUUAAACUCUUAUACCUUUGAACCAGUCGACAAACACCAACCACAGCAAGUAUCAUCAAUUUCAGCUUCAUUAAAGGAUGAUAAUCUAUCACCCAUUAUAUCUUCCUCGUAUAUCCUUCAUCCAUCUAUGACUAGAAAUGUAUCAGACCAGAACUCGCUCUCAAGGAUGUGUGAUGUCUCUCAGCAAGCAAGUUGCCUUUCUUCCCCAGCUGAUAUAAGUGAUAGAAUUCCUGUACCCAAGGAUGCUAACAAUAAGAAAUUCUCAGAGUCAAAAGGCGAUGAAAAUGACGUUCCAUCCUCUCAUCGUUAUGGCCAUGUCAAAGCUUGGACCAAAAAUGCAUUAAAGACUAAAACACAACUUUUGGAACGUACAAGCUCAAGAUUUAAUAACAAUUUUGUGCCGGCAUCUAAAGUACUUGCAGAAGACCCAAAGGCUGCCUGGAACUUAUUUGAUGGUAUCUUUUGAUGACACCUCUAGAUGGCUGUUGUGGACAUCAU